CCUGCUGUACUUACUACAACAAUCACAACUACAGCUCCUGAUACAACAACUGUAACAACAACUGCUGCUCCUACGACCACUGCAACUCCACAACCUACUACGACAACCAGUACCAUAACAACGGCACCUACUACAACUCCUGCAGUUCCUACAACUGUAGAUACCACGACCACUCCACCUGCUGUACUUACUACAACAAUCACAACUUCAGCUCCUGGUACCACAAAUGUAGCUCCUACGUCAACCACAGCAGCUGCCUCUACGACAACCAUAGAAGCUCUAACUACAACCACUGCUGCUCCAACGACCACUACAACUGCAGAACCUAUUACUACAACUCCAGAAACUAGUACGACAACCACUGCAGCUCCUGCUACAACAACUACAACUUCAGCUCCUACGACAACCAUAACAACGGCACCUACUACAACUGUAGCUUCCACGACCACUCCACCUGCUGUACUUACUACAAAAAUCACAAUUACAGCUCCUGAUACAACAACUGUAGCUCCUACGUCAACCACAGCAGCUGCCUCUACGACAACCAUAGAAGCUCUAACUACAACCACUGCUGCUCCAACGACCACUACAACUCCAGAAACUAUUACGACAACCACUGCAGCUCCUGCUACAACAACUACAACUUCAGCACCAACUACAACAACUGCUGCUCCUACGACCACUGCAACUCCACAACCCAAUACGACAACCAGUGCAGCUCCUACUACAACAACUGCUGUUCUUACGACCACAGUGACUGCAGCACCUUCUACAACAACUACAACUUCAGCUCCUACUACAACCACAACAGCAGGACCUACUACAACUCCUGCACUCCUACCUCUAACUACAACCACUGCUGCUCCAACGACCACUACAACUGCAGAACCUAUUACGACAACCACUGCAGCGCCUGAUACAACAUCUACAACUUCAGCUCCUACGACAACCACAACAACAGCAACUACAACAACUGUAGCUCCCACGACAACUGCAGCUCCUACAACAACUUUAGCAUCUACGACAACCAUUGCAGCCCUAACUACAACAACUGCUGCUCCUACGACCACUGCAACUCCACAACCUAAUACGACAACCAGUGCAGCUCCUAAUACAACAACUGCUGUUCUUACGACCACAGUGACUGCAGCACCUUCUACAACAACUACAACUUCAGCUCCUACUACAACCACAACCACUGCUGCUCCAACGACCACUACAACUCCAGAAACUAUUACGACAACCACUGCAGCUCCUGCUACAACAACUACAACUUCAGCUCCUACGACAACCACAACAACAGCACCUUCAACAACUGUAGCUCCCACGACAACUGCAGCUCCUACAACAACUUUAGCAUCUACGACAACCAUUGCAGCCCUAACUACAACAACUGCUGCUCCUACGACCACUGCAACUCCACAACCUACUACGACAACCAGUGCAGUUCCUACUACAACAACUGCUGUUCUUACGACCACAGUGACUGCAGCACCUUCUACAACUACAACUUCAGCUCCUACGACAACCAUAACAACGGCACCUACUACAACUCCUGCAGUUCCUACAACUACAACCACUGCUGCUCCAACGACCACUACAACUGCAGAACCUAUUACGACAACCACUGCAGCGCCUGAUACAACAACUACAACUUCAGCUCCUACGACAACCACAACAACAGCAACUACAACAACUGUAGCUCCCACGACAACUGCAGCUCCUACAACAACCUUAGCAUCUACGACAACCAUUGCAGCCCUAACUACAACAACUGCUGCUCCUACGACCACUGCAACUCCACAACCUAAUACGACAACCAGUGCAGCUCCUACUACAACAACUGCUGUUCUUACGACCACAGUGACUGCAGCACCUUCUACAACAACUACAACUUCAGCUCCUACUACAACCACAACAGCAGCACCUACUACAACUCCUGCAGUUCCUACAACUGUAGCUACCAUGACCACUCCACCUGCUGUACUUACUACAACAAUCACAACUACAGCUCCUGAUACAACAACUGUAGCUACCACGUCAACCACAGCAGCUGCCUCUACGACAACCAUAGAAGCUCUAACUACAACCACUGCUGCUCCAACGACCACUACAACUCCAGAAACUACAACCACUGCUGCUCCAACGACCACUACAACUCCAGAAACUAUUACGACAACCAGUGCAGCUCCUGCUACAACAACUACAACUUCAGCUCCUACAACAACCAUAACAACGGCACCUACUACAACCCCUGCAGUUCCUACAACUGUAGCUACCACGACCACUCCACCUGCUGUACUUACUACAACAAUCACAACUACAGCUCCUGAUACAACAACUGUAACUCCUACGUCAACCACAGCAGCUGCCUCUACGACAAUCAUAGAAGCUCUAACUACAACCACUGCUGCUCCAACGACCACUACAACUGCAGAACCUAUUACGACAACCACUGCAGUGCCUGAUACAACAACUACAACUUCAGCUCCUACGACAACCACAACAACAGCAACUACAACAACUGUAGCUCCCACGACAACUGCAGCUCCUACAACAACUUUAGCAUCUACGACAACCAUUGCAGCCCUAACUACAACAACUUCUGCUCCUACGACCACUGCAACUCCACAACCUACUACGACAACCAGUGCAGUUCCUACUACAACAACUGCUGUUCUUACGACCACAGUGACUGCAGCACCUUCUACAACAACUACAACUUCAGCUCCUACGACAACCAUAACAACGGCACCUACUACAACUACAACCACUGCUGCUCCAACGACCACUACAACUGCAGAACCUAUUACGACAACCACUCCACCUGCAGCCCUAAUCCACACUAACGGCUGCUACUACGACCACUACAACUCCAGAACCUACUACAACAGAACCUACUCCUACAACUACUAA